CCCAUCUCCAAUACCCAAGCCCAAAUCGAAAUUCCCAAAAUCCCCUCUCUCUCUCUCUCUCUCUCUCUCUCUCUGUAAUCCAUGGCUGGAAUGGGUGAUCAUGGAGGCAUGGGUGAUGGGAUGAACGAUGGGAUGAUGUCGAUGCCCCACAAGAAGAACAAGAUGAUGAUGCACAUGACAUUCUUCUGGGGGAAGGACGUUGAGAUUCUCUUCUCGGGAUGGCCAGGCCACAGCCUCUCCAUGUACGUUCUCGCCCUCUUCUUCGUCUUCGUUCUCUCCGUCACGGUCGAGUGGCUGUCCGGCUCCCGCCUCAUCCGACCCGGCACGAACCGGGUUUCCGCCGGCCUGGCCCAGACCGGCCUCCACGCGCUCCGGAUCGGGCUCGCUUACAUGGUCAUGCUGGCCAUCAUGUCAUUCAACGCGGGCGUCCUUAUUGUGGCCGUCGCCGGACACGCGAUCGGGUUCUUGCUUUUCGGGAGCCGGGUUUUCAAGCCGGCUGAGUCGGUGGAGCCGGGUCAAAAGCACCUGAACGACCUUCCUCCAAUGAAAUGCUAGUCUUUUGGUUUUUUUAUGUUCACACCCGACUUAGUUUAUACGUACGCUCCUUUUCUUUUCUUUCUUUUUUUUUUUACUUUUCGUAAUGGACUUAGUACAAAUUUCUA